GACACCCUGACAUAGCCUUCUAGCGACUUUCUUGUAACGUCGUCGCAACAUUGUCUAAAGAAUGUUGCCAUUUAGUGCCGUCGUGUCUUCGACACACUCAGCAAAAAAGUGAUAUGCAUCUUGUAAAGCCUCGUGACCUAAGUCGUCAUUUGUUACAGAAAUUAGCGAGAAAAAUGUUCAACAAAGUCAUGCUCCCUCGCGGUAGUGAUCCCCCUUGUUUAUGAUGCAAAGCUUGUCCGGUAUGGUUUUACCUGGCGCGACUGGAAAACCCUCUCAUGACUCACCGCAGAGCAUAUUUAAGCUGGGGCAUGCAGUUUACAACUUCAGAGAAUCCACUUACGGAUCACACAAUCAAGCAAGCAAGCCAGCAAGCAAGCAAGCAAUUGGGAUCAUGAUUAUGGAGCUGCGUCUUACAACCUUUUUUUUUUUAUUGAUGUCGCUCCAGACAUGUGUCAAUGGAACGCCAAUCCAUCGAUGGUUUGAAGAUGAGCCUGGGAAACUUGCAAUCAACUGGAAAACUUGCAAAAAUAAGGCGAUUACACUAAAUCAGUUAGCGUGGGAAUUUCAAAUGAACAUGAAUGAAACAUGUAACAUGGCAGCUGAUGUAAAGGACAAUAUGAAGAUUGAAGCCCGUGACCUGUGUGAUCCUCUCAGUAUAAGUCAAACGAAGAAAUGUGUUGGGAGCAUAACAGAUGUACUACAGAACUUCGCUGGCAUCUUUGGGGAGGAUGGGCUUUUUCAGACAAGUGGUGUCCUGACUGAGACGGCCCGAAAAGUGAACACUGCUGUCACAGAGCUACUGAGAGAACUUGGGGAAACCGUGACUGGGCCUCGAGUCAACACAGAUCAAUGGAAACGCUGCAUCCUCCAGCGCCACUCAGUGGAGCGCCUCUUCUCGUUCUCUAUCCUCUCGGCACGUGUCUUCUCCUUUGUUGCUGAUCCUGAAAAGUCUGGAAUUGAGUCCUCCAGCCCUUGCAACUGAUGCAGGAAACGGAGCUAACUUUGAUCCGCCUUUCAGUAUUAGAUGAUAGGCAAGAGAUGGAUGGAUUAUGUGACAUGAUCAUAUUGGUCAAAAAAGUAAAAAACAUGUAGUAAUAAUAAUAAUAAUAAUGCAUUUUAUUUGUGACGCACUCUUCAUUCCAAAGAAUCAGAGUGCCAACAUUAUGCAUUGUGCAUUAUUUAUGCUCGGCUAAUUUAUAUUUAUUUAAGUAUUUAAUUUAUUUACUUAUUUAUUACAUUUUCUUGAUAUCUAUUUAUGAUUGAGACUAAUUUAUUCAAAAUAUCUGAUUUA